AUGAACACUAUGUGGAGUUCUACGAGGAGCACAGUCAUAUUGCCAGUUUUCAAGUGUUUAGUGGCUAUGUGUUUGAUCAUCUCACUCUUAGUGUUCAUAGAGAGUGUUUACAUGAACCUUGUAGUACUGUACGUCAAGUUGUUUAAACGCAAACCUGAGAAAGUCUACAAAUGGGAGCCAAUGCAAGAAGAUAUGGAGCUAGGUCAUCAAAACUACCCAAUGGUCCUUAUUCAAAUCCCAAUGUACAACGAACGAAAGGUCUUUGAGUUAUCUAUAGGUGCUGCAUGCAGACUAGUAUGGCCAUCGGACCGCCUAAUCAUUCAAGUUUUAGAUGACUCCACCGAUCCAUCCAUAAUGGAACUGGUGAGCAUUGAAUGUGCAAAAUGGGCAACAAAAGGCCUAAACAUAAAGUAUGAGAGACGAGACAACAGAAAUGGCUACAAAGCUGGAGCUCUUAAACACGCCAUGACACAUAGCUAUGUCAAGCAAUGCGACUAUCUGGCCAUCUUUGAUGCUGAUUUCCAGCCCGAGCCCGAUUACCUUCAACGCGCUAUCCCAUUUCUUAUCCACAACCCUAAGCUCGCUCUCGUCCAAGCCCGAUGGAGAUUUGUGAACGCGGACACAUGCUUGUUGACGAGGAUGCAAGAGAUGUCUCUCAACUACCAUUUCAUGGCCGAGCAAGAAUCUGGAUCUACAAGACAUGCUUUCUUUGGCUUUAAUGGAACGGCUGGAGUAUGGAGAAUGGCAGCGAUGGAAGAAGCCGGAGGAUGGAAAGACCGGACCACCGUAGAGGACAUGGACUUGGCCGUUCGUGUUGGUCUUCUCGACUGGAAAUUUGUGUUCAUCAAUGAUCUCGAGGUGAAAAGUGAGCUACCAAGUCAAUUUAAGGCCUUUAGAUUCCAGCAACACCGUUGGUCUUGUGGUCCAGCCAAUCUCUUCAGGAAAAUGAUAAUGGAAAUUGUUCACAAUAAGAGAGUGAAGAUUUGGAAGAAGUUUUAUCUGAUUUACAGCUUCUUUUUCCUGAGGAAAGUCUUAGUCCAUUUCUUCACUUUCUUCUUCUACUGUGUCAUUCUUCCAACAAGCGUCUUCCUUCCUGAAAUCAAUAUUCCGAUUUGGUUAACUAUGUACGUUCCUUCUGUCAUCGCCCUCUUGGGUGUCAUCGCCACUCCAAGAUCAUUCUACCUCGUGAUUUUUUGGGUAUUGUUUGAGAAUGUAAUGGCUAUGCACCGUACCAAAGGAACUUUAAUCGGCUUAUUUGAAGGAGUAAGAGUCAAUGAAUGGGUAGUCACCGAAAAAGUAGGAGAUGCUCUUAAGACUGAGCUACUUCCCAAGCCUCGCAAUGGCCUUCUCCAAAGAAUAAACUCAAAGGAGUUGAUGAUGGCCUUAUACCUAUUGUCUUGUGCUUUCUACGACCUUUCUUUUGGGAACGGAUUUUUAUACAUAUUUCUCUUCAUGCAAGCCAUUGCUUUCUUCACCUCCGGAGUUGGCUUUGUUGGAACUUAA